CGGAUCCUAGUCUUGUUACUAUGGGAACGGGAGACUCCUGCUGGCGCGUGCUGAAAUUGGUGGAAAACUUGGCAAAGAAUACCUAUGGGCCGAUAACACCGUGGACCACAGGAGCAUACACCAAAGAUUUAGAACAUUGGGUGAUGCCAGUGAUCCAGAAACCAGCAGCCAAAAUGUUCUUUGAAAAUGCCAACCUGCAGCAACAAGGUCGCCACCAUGAAUUCUUUCUGCGCAGUAGACCCUACAGGGGCGAACCACCAACAGUGGCAGGAUUCCUCCUCUACCCGGACACACCUGCUAAGAUGGAGACCACAUCACGAGAGGCUUUCUGCUUCAGGCCCAUCCCAGACCAAGAUCCAGGCAAAGCAGGCCGUAACACACAACAGGAAUCUCACCAUUCUCCUCCCGCAUCCUCAAGAAAAACAGGAAGAGGAAACAGACGCGAGGACAGAGAAGUGAGAGGGAAUGAGCAAGAAGGCAACCGUGAUCACACGUCAGCAGCAGCAAAAAACGAACAGGAAACAGCCCAGAUGCAGUCUCAGUAUCAGAAAGACUUCCCUCCCCCAUCCUCCUGCCACAGGAGGCGGACACCUGCUUUCCCGCAGCCUGACAACAUUGGCAUCAACCCUGCGUUCAGGAUCAACUUCAGCACGGUCCAAAGAGAGACUUACCCAGGCUGGCCUAUCGUGAACGCCGGGUACGGUGGAAGGCAAAGACCAGCCAAGCAUGACUUCUAAGCGGUAGUGGAAAUCAUCUUGCAUGUUUGCAUACAUGCAUAAUUAAUAUUAAAUGUCAAAGUCAUAUUUAACAAAUGCUUGAAAUUUGUCUUGUCCCAGCAUGUAUUCCCAAUAAUCAUACAGUAAUAAACACAAACCAGUGGAAAAAAGCCUCAGUUUUCAGUGUGUUUGACGUAUUUGUGUUUGCACUAACUUCAUUGUCUCUUCUUAUAAAUAACACUAUAAUUGACAGCUUACUACUCAGAACAUACUUGGAAAUAAAAGUCAGUUCUACUUCUUGUUUUUUCUGGUACAUUAGUCUUACAGAGAAUUACCUUUUAAUGAAAUAAGAGAUUCAUUUCCGGUCCUCUUUCAUAUUGAUGACUUCAGAAAUACUUGUGCACAGUUUAAGAAUCCACCCAGUGACCCAUAACCGAAAGCUGACUGACCUCACUGGGCAGGACCGAGGAUCAGACGGCUGAGUAAGAGUAAGAGCUGAGUAAGCGUUUGAGUCAAAUUCCUGAGUUGCAUGUAUAUGCCUAAAGGAGUAAAUGUGUUUCUUGCACAACACAUCAUUAUCAACUCUGAAAACAGGGGUCACAUGAGGCUACACUGGAAAACUACCCAACUUGGGAAAUCUUAAACGUGUUGCAACACUUUGACAUACAUUAACACCUUAGAUUUCAAAACAAUGAUGAAUUUUAUUGCUUAUGAUAUAAUCUGAUUUACAAUUUUAAAAAAAAAAUGGGGCUGACAAUGUGCUCUUAAACUUAUGCUUUUUUAAAAAAAAAAACCUGCAAUGCAGGUCAAACUCAUUUUACAUUGUGAGUCACAUAUAGCCUUUGACCUUGAGUGGGCCGGACCAGUGAAACUUCCCUUUCUGUCAGUGAAAAGAAGUUUAACUACACAUUUAAUCUCUGGAAUAUCUUAAUAUCAGAAAAAGAAAUGCAGUUUUGUUUGUCUCAGUUUAUCUACAUGAUAAACUACAUGCUGUAAUAAAUGGGAAAAAAGUCUGUUAGGGCUUAAGUUGUAAGAAAUAAAAUUUGAAUUGUAUACGUGGGGUAAUAAUAUUUAUGAUAACUGUAUAAAAAUACAGUUUCGAUUUCCCAAAGCAAUCCAAUUGGACUCUUAAGCAGUGAUUCUGGCUCCUGGUGCUCA